GCCAAGCAACACAAAUAUGGCUGCGUCCUGUAACGGGAAAACAACCCAUCUGCUUCAGACUGCUCAUUGAACUUUUGGCAAGGCUCUAACGAGCAUAUAUGGAUUUGCGUGAAGGACAUCAGUGAAGUAAGCAUGCUGCUAGUACGCGGUAAAUCAGCCUCGCUUCUCAGAUCGGCCCCACCCCUUUGCCGCUGUCUGUGCACUGCCGGCGCAUCGCAUAGCGGGCAGCCGAAAGGCAAGCAGCGCAAGGUUCGAAACAUCGGCAUCGUCGCCCAUGUGGACGCGGGCAAGACUACCAUCACGGAGAGGAUACUGUUCUACAGCGGCCUCACUCACGCGAUGGGCGAGGUGCAUGAUGGCGACACGGUGACAGACUGUCUGCCCCAGGAACGCGAGAGGGGCAUCAGCAUCACCGCUGCCACGGUGACCUUCCCGUGGAGAGACCAUCGCGUCAACCUCAUCGACACACCGGGUCAUGUCGACUUCAGUAUGGAAGUGGAGCGCUCACUACGAGUAAUGGACGGAGCCGUCACACUCCUUGAUGGAUCUGAAGGUGUCCAGGCCCAAACCAUCACAGUGUGGGAGCAGGCUUGCCGCCACAACUUGCCUAGACUCAUCUUCGUGAACAAAAUGGACAAGUCUGCUGCCAGCUUUGAUGCCUGUGUCUGUGAUGUGCGUGCAAAGUUGGCAGCCUCUCCCCUAGUGGUGCAGCUCCCAUUGAGAACUGCGGACAAAAUGGUUGGCAUUGUUGACUUAGUCUCCAUGGAAACGGUUGUGUGGCCUGCAGAUUCCCACCAGGGCCGUGUCUUCAAUCGUGCACCUCUCCCAACAGGGACUAGCCAAUACCAAAAAGCUGCAGGGAAGAGGCAAGAGCUCAUUGAAGCAGCAGCGGAACUUGAUGACCAGUUUGCAGACGAGUUCUUGCUGCGAGAUCGGCAAGUCCCACCAGCCGAACUGAUGGCAGCGUUAAGACGUAUAACUCUUUCGGGAAAGGGGGCACCAAUGCUGUGCGGCAGUGCCUACCGCAACCUGGCCGUGCAGCCCCUAUUGGAUGCUGUUAUUGACUACCUGCCUGAACCUGUGGUUUCCGAUGGUAGUGGGCAGCUAGCUGCACUGGCCUUCAAGGUGGUGCAUACCAAGUUUAAGGGCCCGCUAACUUUCGUGAGGAUCUAUAGCGGUCGCAUUGCAACUGGCCAGCGACUGUAUAACGCCACGCGGGACCUGUCCGAGAAAGCAGGCGAGCUUGUCGAAGUGACAGCCGACGAAUAUCGCACCGUGAGUGAGGCUGUGGCCGGUGACGUGCUGGCCAUUGCCGGACUCCAGCGCAGUGUCACCGGAGACCUGCUGGUUGCCAGUGCCGCCACGGCUCGCUCGGCCCUUGAAGGGCCUGCCGGUCAGCGGGCAGCGAUGCACGUUCCCGAACCUGUAGUGCUGUGCAGUAUCGAGGCCCCAUCUAUGCGUCAGCAGAAUGCACUGGACGCUGCCCUGGCCUGCAUGCUACGUGAAGACCCAGCCCUGCGACUCAGCCACUGUCCAGACACUGGGCAAAUGGUCCUAGGUGGCCUGGGACGGCUCCACCUGGAAGUGACGCGGGACCGCAUUUUGCUUGAGCACAAUGUGGAUGCCAACCUGGGCCCUCUUCAGGUGGCUUACAAGGAAAUGCCGUCUGAUUACUCGGCCGAGCCAGUGCGGCACCUGUUAGACCGCACUGCAGGUGGUACAAAUCACAAAGUUGAAGUUGAGAUGCGUGUGUUACCAUCUGACACACAGUUUCAAGAGUUGAAGGUCGUUGUGACUGAUGAAAACGGCCUGGGGCAACUUUGGCAGCAGCACAGACGGGCCCUCAACGCUGGUGUGUUGCUGGCACUGUCACACGGACCCUUGCGAGGCUUUCCGGUGACCAAUGCCAGGGUUGAGUUGCUCUGGUGCCAAGUAGGUCGUGGAACCUCCUUGGCUAUGGUCAGUGCGGCUGCAUCCCAGUGCAUUGCCAAGUGUUUGGCCAGUGCGGCUGUAGUGCUCAUGGAGCCUAUCAUGGAUGUUCAGCUAUCCAUUCCCGAGAUGUAUUUUGGCCGUCUACUAAGUGACCUUUCUCAAAGGAGGGCAAAGAUUAAAGAGAUCUCCCAACGACAAGACAUGCGUGUUUUGGAUGCCGAGGUUCCACUUGCCGAAAUGAAUGAUUACGCGGACGUGGUGCGAACGCUGUCUUCUGGCCGUGCUAGUUUCACUAUGUCGUUAGCUGCCUAUCAUCCCAUGGGAGCACAGGAAACUGCUGUGGCAUUGAAGCGGCUUGCUGGAUUCACCGAGAAUGUCUGAGGCCAAGACAACUUGUUAUGUCUGUUCUGCUGUUACUAUAAAUAAUGCAUUGUACAAGCCAUAUGCUAUUAGUAAUAAUAAAAAGCUGUUUUGUUGACAUUUUUUGGAGA